GUCUCGUCGGAAGUCACCGAUAAAGCUCGGAGGCGCACGCUGCCGUUCCGCGCGCUUAAAACUGCGAAUCUGGAUCAUAAAGCGGAGCCGAAGACUCAGAAACACCGGCACGCGCUCAGUUCCGCCCGCUAACAGCACAGUGACCGCCUGGGAUGUCCCGUUUUUUCGCCACCGGAUCCGACAGCGAGUCGGAGGAGUCCUCGUCCGCCGAGGAGAUCACUCCUAAAGCAACCGGGACUGCCUUCAACAAGCAGAACCUGCUGCUGAGUGACGAUGAGGAAGACACUAAAAGAGUGGUACGCAGUGCCAAGGACAAGAGGUUCGAGGAGCUGACAAACCUGAUCAAGACCAUCCGCAAUGCCAUGAAGAUCAGAGACAUGGCCAAGUGCCUGGAGGAGUUUGAGCAGCUGUGUCGAGCGUUCUUAAAGAGUAAAGCGAUAGUGGACAAAGAGGGAGUGCCGCCCUUUUACAUCCGCCUUCUAGCCGACCUCGAAGAUUAUCUCAACCAGCUAUGGGAGGACAAAGAGGGGAAGAAGAAGAUGAACAAAAACAAUGCCAAAGCCCUGAGCACCCUGCGGCAGAAGAUCCGCAAAUACAACCGCGACUUCGAGACAGAAAUCGCCAACUACAAAGAGAACCCAGAACAGUCUGCAGAAGAAGAGGAGGAGAAGGAAGAGGCAGAGUCUGGUUCGUCCUUAGAGAGCGAGGACGAUGGAGAAGGGGUCACUGCUAAAAGCUUCAUGAAGAAAAAGCCUGCGGCUGAGCCGGCUCCUGAGGCCAGCAAGUUCCUCAAGGGAGCAGCUGAUGAUGAAUCGGAGAGCGAUGAUGACGAUGAUGAUGAAAUCUGGGGCUCAGAUUCCACAGACAGCGGCAGCGAGAGUGAGGACAACGAAGGAAACGCUGCGUCCCUGGCUUUGGCCUUCCUCAAGAAAGCUCAGGAUGGAGACAGGCAAGCCGAUCGCAAGAAGGAGGAGAGGAAGAGGAGGAGCAAGAGGAAGGAGCGUGCUGAGGAGGAGGCUGAGGAGGACGCCCUGGAGCAGGAGGGAGGAGAGUGGGAGAAGGUGAAGGGUGGAGUGCCGCUGGUGAAGGAGAAGCCCAAGAUGUUCGCCAAGGGCACAGAGAUCAACAUACCUGUGGUGGUCAAGAAACUCAAUGAGAUCCUGCAGGCUCGAGGAAAGAAAGGAACAGACAGAGCUGCUCAGAUCGAGCUCCUCCACGCUCUAGCAGCAAUUUCAGAGGAGAACAACCUGGGACAAGGCAUUUUGGUGAAGAUCAAGUUCAACAUCAUUGCCUCGCUGUACGACUACAACCCCAAUCUGGCCACCUUCAUGAAGCCGGAAAUGUGGAAGAAGUGUUUGGACUGCAUUGACGAGCUGCUGGACAUCCUGUUCGAGAACAGCAACAUCUUCAUUGGCGAGAACAUCGCAGAGGACAGCGAGAACCUGGCCGUCUCUGACCAGCCUUUCCGUGUCCGUGGCUGCAUCCUGACCCUGGUGGAGAGGAUGGACGAGGAGUUCACCAAAAUCAUGCAGAACACAGACCCCCAUUCACAGGAGUACGUGGAUAACCUGAAGGACGAAGGUCGCGUGUGCAACAUCAUCGACCGGCUGCUGCAGUACCUGGAGAAUAAAGGCAGCACCGAGGAGGUGUGUCGCGUCUACCUGCGCAGGAUCAUGCACACCUACUACAAGUUCGACUACAAGACCCACCGCCGCUGCAUGGGCAUACAGGGAGAGAGCAAGUCUGAGCAGGACCAAGAGGAGAGCGAGGGGGAGGACAGCGCCAUCAUCAUGGACCGCCUGUGUAAGUUCAUCUACGCCAAGGACCGCACUGACCGCAUCCGCACCUGCGCCAUCCUGUGCCACAUCUACCACCACGCCCUGCACAGCCGCUGGUACCAGGCCCGAGACCUCAUGCUCAUGAGCCACCUGCAGGACAACAUUCAGCACGCCGACCCUCCCGUACAGAUCCUGUAUAACAGGACGAUGGUGCAGCUGGGCAUUUGCGCAUUCCGCCAGGGCAUGAUCAAAGACGCCCACAAUGCACUGCUGGACAUCCAGUCAAGCGGUAGGGCGAAGGAACUGCUGGGUCAGGGCCUGCUCAUGAGGAACAUGCAGGAGAGGAACGCCGAGCAAGAGAAGAUCGAGAAGAGGCGGCAGGUUCCAUUCCACAUGCACAUCAACCUGGAGCUGCUGGAGUGCGUGUAUCUAGUUUCAGCUAUGCUGCUGGAAAUCCCUUACAUGGCUGCCCACGAGUUUGAUGCCCGUCGCAGGAUGAUCAGCAAACAGUUCCAUCAUCAGCUGCGAGUGGGAGAAAGACAGCCCCUUCUGGGCCCCCCUGAGAGCAUGAGGGAGCACGUGGUGGCCGCCAGCAAGGCCAUGAAGAUGGGCGACUGGCGCACCUGCCAUUCGUUCAUCAUCAACGAGAAAAUGAACAGUAAAGUGUGGGACCUGUUCCCCGAGGCCCAGCGUGUCCGUGAAAUGCUCGUCAGGAAGAUUCAGGAGGAGUCUCUGCGCACCUACCUGUUCACCUACAGCAGCGUAUACGACUCUAUCAGUAUGGAGACUUUGGCAGAGAUGUUUCAGCUGGAGUUGCCCACAGUUCACAGCAUCAUCAGCAAGAUGAUCAUUAACGAGGAGCUCAUGGCUUCUCUGGACCAGCCCACUCAGACGGUAGUGAUGCACAGGACGGAGCCCACCUCCCUGCAGAACAUGGCACUGCAGCUGGCAGAGAAGCUGGGCGGCCUGGUGGAGAACAAUGAGCGCGUCUUUGACCUCAAACAGGGCGUCUACGGGAGCUACUUCAACAGAGAUCAGAAAGGAGGCUACCAACAGAAGCAGGGCUACCAGAGAGAUUCAGACCAGAGGGGCGGUUACCAACAGAGGCAAGGUUACCAACGAGGUACAUCCUAUAGAGAUCAGAAAGGCGGCUACCAGCAGAAGCAGGGCUACCAGCGAGGAGGCUACAGGUCCCAGAACCAGAGCUCCUACUGAAGGCCAGCCCGUUCGCAGCAGGACCCGCUUUCAUUCCAAGACCAGACUGCAACCUCCUGAGUUUUCCACCUCCGUGCAGUUCCAUCAUCUGCACUGCUUCAGCCUGUUUUACCACAUUUAUCUAUUGUGCAGAUUUGUCGCUGUAUCGCAUUUUUCUCAUACAGACCUGCCAACAGUUCUGGAGAUCUGCUUCCCCUGAAUUCACUCUCUCCUGCAGUGAAUGUUUGGUGUGAAUUAAAGGAUGAGCAGGUUUUGAAGUAGAAGUGUAGCAGGCUUGGGGGAACAGGUUGGUUCUUUGUGUGAUAUCUAACUUGAAACAAUAAAGAUUAUUCAGUUUAUGAAA